AUGACUACCAUAGCCAUGGAAGGCUACUUGUCAGCGCCGGGUAGCACCAUCGUCUGGAGGAACGGUAAGGUCAAGAAAGACAUUGUCUCCGCGCAGCUCAAAUGGCUCAAGGCUGCCCUGGACAGGAAGGGCAACUCGGUGAGCGCAACAGACCGUCAUCCGCUCGUUGCGCGCACUAAAGCAGGGCAGCUACCCCGCCAAACAUGGGAGCCGUCCCCGUCCUUCUACACGUUCGCCGAGAUCUACUUCGCGGCCGAGUAUUUCGGCAUCCAGUCGCUGAAGAGCAGCAUGGUCAAGAGCGUGGAGGACCUGACGCGGCACGUGCUGUCGCUGUCCGAGGGCGACGGCAGCAGCAGCGCUUGUUUCCACUGCGCGCACUGCCCCUACUACCGGGGCGAUGAAGACGAGGAAGCGGACGACGCCGAGCUGGAGAGGGAGGCGCACCUGGCCUCGUUCCUGGACGCCGUCGUGUGCGUCGAGAAGCACAAGUGGAGCGCCAAGAUCCAGAAGGCCGUGUACGAUGCCGGCGACAGGAUGAAGCACCGCCUCGUGAAGCUGCCGGCCUGGCGCGAGUUUGUGGAGAAGUACCCCGGUGGGAAGAACUUUGCGCGCGCGAUCGGGGUGCGGCUGUGA